UCCUUCAAUGGGUACGUUGAGGGUUCAUGCCAACUGUUUGACAAAAUGCUGGAAAGAGACGGGAUUUCAUGGAAUGCAAUUAUUGGACGGUAUACUCAACAUGGAAAGAGACGGGAUUUCAUGGAACGCAAUUAUUGGACGGUAUACUCAACAUGGUUAUGAAAAGGAGGCGCUUACGCUCUUUGGGAAAAUGCGAAGUGAAAGCGUGAAGCUGAGCAAGUUCACCUUUGGUAGCAUCCUUCAGGCCUGUGCUAGCUUACAAGUUGUUGAACACGGCAGGCAGAUUCAUUCCCAUGCCAUCAAAUUUGGAUUUCAGGGCGAAUUCUUUACGGCUAGUUCUGUUGUUGACAUGUACUCUAAAUGCAAGAGAACAGGAGAUGCACGCCAAAUGUUUGAAAAAAUGCCCGAACGAAAUUUAGUUUCGUGGAAUGCAAUGAUUCCAGGAUACUCCCAGAAUGGUUGCAGUGGCGAAACUGUAAAGUUGUUUAGAGAAAUGUAUUGUGAAGAGACGAGACCUGCUGGUUCUAUCUUUGCCUGUGUACUCAGUGCAUGUGCUCGGUCUAAGUGCACUAGAACUUGAGAAGCAGAAACUGAAAGUUGGGACAAUGUUGCAAAAAUGAGAAAAUUGAUGAAGGAGAGAGGAGUAAAAAAGGAACCAGGAUGGAGUUGGACUGAGGUCCAAAAUAGAGUUCAUUCAUUUAUGGCAGAUGAUCUAUCACAUCCACAGUUAAAUGAGAUAUAUCAGACAUUGGAGAUACUGAUUGGUCAGAUGGAGGUUCUAGGAUAUGUGUCUCUCAAAAACACUGUGCUGAAAGGUGAUGACAAUGAGCAUGAAUGGAAACAUAUCUAACACAGUGAGAAGCUAGCCUUUGCUUUUACGCUUAAAAAUACACCUCCCGUGACACCUAUUCGAAUUGUGAAGAAUCUUAGAGUAUGUGAUGACUGCCAUAUUGUUACAAAGUUCAUUUCCCAAACUGUGGGACGCGAAAUUGUAUUAAGGGAUGUCAAUCGAUUUCAUCAUUUUAAAAACGGAAAUGUGUUCUUGUGGGGAUCACUGGUAGUGGUGUCAAAGAAUAAUAUGCAGUAAAGUGACUCCGAUAAAGCAAAACAUUAGUAAAACAUGAAUCACAGUAGAUGCUUGGUGAAGAGUUCUCAUUCUAUAUGACAUUUUCUUUCAAUUA